ACAGCGUUUUGAGUGAACGGUUUUCAGUGUCACUACUCCCUCAAUAUCACUGUAGCAAAAAUCCCCAAAUUCUCCUCCUCCCUCUCUCUCUCUCUGCGACCUCAAAAUCCAAAUUCCCAAUCCUAAUGAAUCCCUAAUUUCCCGAUCUCUCUCUGCAACAGUAUGGACUCUCGGCGAGCUCCAAGAACCGCAAGUGACCCGAAAGUCCGUAAAGUCGGGUUUUUUACUGCUCCACCCGACCGCUCUCUAUCCGGUCCACCCGACCACCCAAUCUUCUCUUUCCCCACUUCUCCUCCUCCUGUUGUCGACAACUCCUCUCCUUCCGCCGGCAACUCUCUCUCUCCCGUCAUGAUCCCUCCUCCUCGCCACUCCUCCGCCACCCUCUCCCCUCUCCGCCGUGACUCCGCAGAACUCUUCCCCCCUUCUGUUUCCCCCACCUCCCCCGCCUCGUUCUCCGAUGAUGUGGCGGCGGCGGUGAUGGGGAGGGGUGCUGUAGCUGCUUCGAGUAGCUUGCCGGGAGGGUUAGGGUUUGAUAUUGCGGCGGUUAAAUCAGCCGCGAGUAGUGUUCCGGCAAGUGGAUUGACUACCGUCUCAGUUGUCAACAAUUUGCCUAUUGGCAUUUCUGAAAAGGGUGGUGGGGUAGCAGUGGAAAUGCAAAAUGAUCAAUCUACACGUUCCAAGUCAUUGAAAGAGAAAACUACUAAAGCAGAGAGGCGUGCACUUCAAGAAGCUCAAAGAGCUGCGAAAGCUGCUGCCAAAGCUGAAGGUGGUAAGACACCUGCUGCUGCUUCUGGGGCUGCAGCUUCUGUGAAUACGAAGUCAACUAAAUCUGUGAAGCCACCUCCUUCACAGAAGAAUGAUAAUGCUACAGUUGCAGCUUCAGAGAAGAAGGGAGGUGAUAGGCCACCAGAAAAGGAUAGAAAGAAGGAAGUCCCACAACCACGCAUGCAAUAUGAUGACAAGAGUCGGGUGGAAAAGGCAAAGAGGCGUGCUGUGGUGAAGCAAACAGAAGCUAGGAAUAGAGUUGAGUUGUUCAGGCAUUUGCCUCAAUAUGAACGUGGAACUCAGCUCCCUGAACUUGAGUCUAAGUUCUUUGAGCUUGAUCCAAUGCACCCAGCUGUCUAUAAGGUUGGAUUGCAGUAUUUGUCAGGAGACAUAUGUGGUGGCAAUGCUCGUUGCAUUGCAAUGCUUCAAGCAUUCCAAGAAGCCAUUAAAGACUACUCAACACCACCUGAAAAAACUCUUCCUCGAGACUUGACAGCAAAAAUAGGUAGUUACGUUUCUUUUCUUAUUGAGUGCCGCCCACUUUCAAUCAGCAUGGGGAAUGCAAUCAGGUUUCUGAAGAAUCGAAUUGCCAAGUUACCUUUGUCUUUGUCUGAAUCGGAAGCAAAAACAAACCUUCAUUCAGACAUUGAUAGAUUCAUAAACGAGAAGAUCAUAAUUGCAGACAAGGUGAUAGUCAAGCAUGCUGUUACAAAGAUCAGUGAUGGCGAUGUUCUACUUAUAUAUGGGUCGUCUUCUGCAGUUGAAAUGGUACUAUUGCAUGCUCAUGAGCUUGGCAAACAGUUCCGUGUUGUGGUAGUGGAUUCUCGUCCAAAGCUUGAAGGGCAACUAUUACUUCGUAGAUUGGUUGGAAAGGGAAUCAACUGUACAUACACUCAUAUAAAUGCCAUUUCUUAUAUUAUGCAUGAAGUUACUCGAGUUUUUCUUGGUGCUUCGUCAGUGCUGUCCAACGGAACAGUUUACUCAAGAGUUGGGACUGCUUGUGUUGCUAUGGUUGCUCAUUCAUUCCAUGUACCAGUUUUAGUUUGUUGUGAAGCAUAUAAAUUUCAUGAAAGGGUACAGCUUGAUUCAAUAUGCUCUAAUGAACUGGGUGAUCCAGAUGUGAUUUCAAAGGUUCAUGGGAGAGAGGACAUCAACUUCCUUGAUGGAUCGGACAAUAGUGCAAUUCUCCAGCUUCUGAAUUUGAUUUAUGAUGCAACACCUUCAGAUUACGUUUCAAUGAUAAUCACGGAUUAUGGCAUGGUUCCACCCACAAGUGUGCCUGUCAUAGUACGAGAAUAUCGAAGAGAACACUUGUGGAUAUAGAUGGCAUGCAGAUGGAUCAUCAAGCUUCCCCAAAAAUUUUGCCCAUGCUAAUAUCCUUCUUCUGGGAGCAAUAAGACUAGCAAAACUUCUAAUAAAGUGAUUUCUUUUCCUCUCUGGUCACAGUUGUGGAAUAAUGCUGAGAUUUUGACAUAUCUUUGUUUCUCAUUUCCUGACUGUGUAGAGUGCCAUUUUUGCCUCUCCGGGCAGAUUUAGCAAGGCAUAUUCAUGUAUGUUGUGAACUGGUGACAGAGAUGCAUCCCUCUUGGGGAUUUCAGACAAUUAAUUUUCAGCAGAUAACAAUUUUGUUGCCUAAA